GCCUUUGGGUCCCAAGUUUGACAAAUCCAUAUUAAAUUCAAGGCGUUGCAAAUCCCUACAAACCUAUGUAAAGGGCCCAGCGCGACAAAUUUGUUCUCACUUCUCACACACACAGCACUGAGUGAGAGAGAAAGAGAGUGACCGCACUGCGGAAAAGGUCCCGGCAACAUCGGAUAACGCCGGCCAGAUCCACUGUCAGUCAGCCUCUGGGCCCCAUACUUUCGCGCCUAUCCUUCCUUUGUUUUCGAUUUGUCCAAAAAAAUAUUUGUCGGGAACACAUACGUUAUAUAUAUAUAUAUAUAUAUAUAGAGGAAGUAUAUAUAUAUAUAUAAUUGAAAUACUCUCUCUGUCUGCAGCCCUGUAUGGGGGCCAUGCUUGGGGAGUGAAUUUUGAACUUUGGCAGCGGAAUUCUCUUCGGUGGUUUUUUUAUUUUAUCGCCCGCGUCAAUUUGUUAAAAAAGGGUUUUUGAUGGGAUUAUUGGUUUUGUUCUUUUUGAAUAUUUAGGGGAAUCCAAGUGUAGGCUGAAAUCUUCGAUUUUUGAGGUUCUUUCAUGGUUGAAAUAUGGUUGCCUUGAAAUGUCUGUGUCAACUAUAUUCUCUUCGGUUGUGGUAGGGUUCUAAAGGCACUUCGCAGAAGUUGUUCUUUCUAUUUUCUGGCGGAAUUGAGGUGUUUGGUGGAAUCUUGGGCUUGGUGAAGAAAAGUUUUCGUUGGGGGUAUUUGAAGGUUGAUUUUGUUGCAUGCAGUCCGUAGCCUUGAAACGACGGAUUUUUUUUACUAUUUCACCAGCUUCAACUUACCAAUACGAUUAUAGUCUGAUUCUUACAAUUUGAUUCUUUGGACUUAGGCACGCUGUAUUUUUUUGGGCUUUCUUAAACAUCUCGCAUGCAAUCUAGUGGGCCGCACCCUGGCGGUGGCGGCCAUGGCUGGAGUACGGCGGCAUUGGCCACAGCUUCUACAUCCUCCUCUUCCUCUGCAUUUGAUCAGCAGCAGCAGCAGCAGCAGCAGCAAAAACAGUCACUCCACGAACAAUUUCUGAGAAGACCUGAAGGGAGUGAUGCCCUCUUAGCCUACCAAGCUGGCAAUUUCCAUGGAGUUCUUGGAGGGUCCAAUUUCACAGCAGCAACUGGGUCCAUGCAGCUACCUCAAAAGCCCAGACAGUUUGUUGAUUUCAGCCAGCAGCAUGUCUCUCCCAACUUUUCAGACCAUGGUCGAAAUUGGGGUCAAGUUGUUGAGCAACAAAUGAUGAAUCCCAUGCAAUAUGCCUUCCAGGCAGCCGAACAGAGGUCAGCUUUAGGAGUUCCAUCUCAACAGCAGAUGAAACUGGGAACGGUUGUCCCUCUUGGCAAAGAUCAGGAUAGUGUGAUACAAAAUAUUAAGAUGCAACAGAAUGUGUCUGCCCGAGCAUUCAAUCAGUCUCAGACAUCUUCGUCCAAGAAAUCAUCCGAGUGUGUUGCUCAUUGUGAGAAACAGGCAGAGCAUAAUUUGUCCUCUGCAUCUGAUGGCAGACCUGAUCCUGAAUCUAAUCUUCCUACACUACAUGGCCAAGCAAUUUCAUCCACAUUAAUGCAUGGACCGCAGUUGCAGCAAAAUAUUGUGAACAUGGCAAACAACCCAAUUACCAUGACUGCACAGAUGCAGGCAUUGGCACUUGAGCGUAAUAUCGACUUGUCACAUCCUGCAAAUGCGAAUGUGAUCGCACAACUUAUUCCACUCAUACAGUCCAGGAUGUUUGCUCAGCAAAAAGCAAAUCGAAGCAGUACAGGCAUAUCUGCAUCUUUUGCAAACCAUGUUACCUCUUCACAAAUUGAGAAUGAAAGUUCACCCCAUGGUAACUCCUCAAGUGAGGUCUCGGGGCAAUCUGGCUCUUCUAAAGCUAGGCUGACAGUUUCACCGAGUACUCUUGGUGUAACAUCUAGAGUAGCUCUAUUUAACAGCUCUGGCAACAUAUCUGUGCAUGGUAUAGAUAGCCCCUUGCCACCUAGACAGCAUAAUUUGCUUGCCGAUGGGAUGCCUCCUUUGCCCCAGGGGCAGUGUUCUGGGAAUUUCAACCAAGGAGUUGAUGGUUUAUUUGUCACAACAACUUCGGGUGCUCUCGAUGAAGCUUCUCAGAUUCAACAUGCCGGAGAAGUCAAUAGACCUCCUCCACAAUCUUUAACUCCACCUAAUGAUGGUAAUGUGGGUCAUCCAUCAACAUCUCAGGGUGGACCACUUCCUCAGAUGCGACAACCAUAUGUUGGAUUUACUAAACAGCAACUGCAUGUACUUAAAGCACAAAUACUUGCAUUUAGGCGAUUGAAGAAAGAAGACAGAGCUUUACCACGGGAACUGCUCCAAGCUAUUGUUCCCCCACCACUUGAUAUGCAGAUUCAGCAGGUUACUGCUCCUCCUGUAAUUGUUAGUAAUGAUAGAUUAGCUGGGGAAAAUGUAGAUGGGCAUGCAAAACAUAUACGCUCAAGUGAGAAGGGCUCUCAGGUUGUAAAAUUGGUAAGUGUAAAUAAUUUGAAGGAGGAGGGUUUAGGAGAUAAUGUGCCGGCUGUCUUAGCAGUUACACAAAGCACCACAAGUACAACAAAGGAACCUAGAGUCCCUCCUGGAAAAGGAGAGCAGCAAAGUCUUGAUGUUUCUGCAAAAUGUGACCAGGAGCCUGAAACAGGAACUCAGAAAACUCCUGUCAGGAAUGAAGUUUCUCUAGACAGAGGAAAAGCAGUUGCUUCCCAGCCAAGUAUUUCAGAUACAAUGCCCUUGAAAAAUUCGAAUCCAGCGAGCAGUAUAUCUCAACCUAAAGAUGCUGGUUCAACUAGAAAGUAUCAUGGCCCUUUAUUUGAUUUCCCUAUCUUCACCAGGAAAAAUGACACUCUUGGACCCUCUAUGAUGAACAGCAAUAAUUUGGUUCUGGCAUACGAUAUAAAUGAUCUUCUUUCUCAGGAAAAUGGAGAAAUUCGUAAAAGGAAAAGGAAAGAGAAGAUAGAGAAGAUUGAUAGAAUACUUGCUGUUAACUUGGAGAGGAAGAGAAUUAGACCAGAUCUUGUGAUACGGCUACAAAUUGAAUCAAAAACACUCCAGCUUGCUGAAUGCCAGGCACGCUUAAGGGAGGAGAUUGAGCAACAGCAAGUAGAAAUAAUGGCUAUGCCAGAUAGACCAUAUCGAAAAUUUGUUCGGCUAUGUGAGCGGCAACGUCAGGAGCUUAAUAGGCAAUCACAGGCUAAUCAGAAGGCAACUAGGGACAGGCAACUGAAGUCCAUAUUGCAAUGGCGCAAGAAGCUUCUAGAGACACACUGGGCCAUCCGUGAUGCUCGAACCGCCCGCAAUAGGGGUGUUCACAAGUAUCAUGAAAGGAUGUUGAGGGAGUUCUCAAAGAGGAAAGAUGAUGACCGUAAUAAAAGGAUGGAAGCAUUGAAAAAUAAUGACGUAGAAAGAUAUAGGGAGAUGUUGCUUGAACAACAAACUAACGUACCUGGGGAUGCUGCGGAAAGAUAUGCUGUUCUAUCAUCAUUUUUAACUCAAACUGAAGAAUAUCUUCACAAACUUGGAAGUAAAAUAACAGUUGCUAAAAAUCAACAGGAGUUUGAGGAGGCAGCUAAUGCUGCCGCUGCAGCUGCUCGUUUGCAGGGUCUCUCGGAAGAAGAAGUAAGAGCAGCUGCUGCCUGUGCUAGAGAAGAAGUGAUGAUAAGGAAUCGAUUUUCUGAGAUGAAUGCACGAAAAGAUAGCUCUUCUGUUAACAAGUAUUACAAUCUUGCACAUGCUGUGAGUGAGAGGGUCAUCAGUCAGCCUACAAUGUUGCGAGCUGGAACAUUACGUGAAUAUCAGCUUGUUGGUUUGCAGUGGAUGCUAUCUUUAUAUAACAACAAAUUGAACGGAAUUUUGGCUGAUGAGAUGGGUCUUGGGAAGACUGUACAGGUUAUGGCCUUGAUUGCUUAUUUAAUGGAGUUCAAAGGAAACUAUGGUCCGCAUCUUAUCAUUGUUCCUAAUGCUGUUCUGGUGAACUGGAAGAGUGAAUUACACAAUUGGCUUCCGAGUGUGUCCUGCAUAUAUUAUGUUGGUGGGAAAGACCAAAGAUCGAAAUUGUUUUCACAAGAAGUGUUGGCCAUGAAGUUUAAUGUCCUUGUGACUACCUAUGAGUUCAUUAUGUAUGAUCGAUCAAAACUUUCAAAAGUUGAUUGGAAGUACAUUAUAAUUGAUGAGGCACAGCGUAUGAAGGACCGAGAGUCGGUUUUAGCGCGUGAUCUUGAUAGAUAUCGCUGCCAAAGGCGCUUGCUUCUCACAGGGACACCUUUGCAGAAUGAUCUUAAAGAACUAUGGUCUCUGUUAAACCUGCUGCUCCCAGAAGUCUUUGAUAAUCGGAAAGUGUUUCAUGAUUGGUUCUCUCAACCUUUUCAAAAAGAAGGGUCCAAUCACAAUGCUGAAGAUGACUGGCUAGAGACUGAGAAGAAGGUGAUUACAAUCCAUAGACUUCAUCAAAUAUUAGAGCCAUUUAUGCUCAGGCGUCGUGUUGAAGAUGUGGAAGGAUCACUUCCUCCCAAGGUUUCAAUUGUUUUGAAAUGCAGAAUGUCUGCUAUACAGAGUGCCAUAUAUGAUUGGAUCAAAUCCACUGGUACUCUUAGGGUUGACCCAGAAGAUGAACAGCGUAAGGUUCAAAAGAAUGCACUUUAUCAAGCUAAAAGUUACAGAACCUUAAACAAUAGAUGCAUGGAACUAAGGAAAGCUUGCAAUCAUCCUUUGCUCAAUUAUCCAUAUUUUAGUGACUUUUCAAAGGAUUUUCUUGUGGGAUCUUGUGGGAAAUUGUGGAUAUUGGAUAGGAUUUUGAUUAAGCUUCAGAGAACAGGGCACAGGGUACUGCUCUUUAGCACCAUGACCAAGCUUCUUGAUAUUAUGGAGGAGUAUUUGCAGUGGCGUAGGCUUGUCUUCAGAAGAAUUGACGGGACGACUAGUUUAGAAGACCGGGAAAGUGCUAUUGUGGACUUUAACAGCCCUGACACUGAUUGCUUUAUUUUCUUGCUCAGCAUUCGUGCUGCUGGACGGGGUUUGAAUCUUCAAUCUGCUGACACAGUCAUCAUAUAUGAUCCUGAUCCAAACCCAAAAAAUGAGGAACAGGCUGUUGCUAGAGCCCACCGUAUUGGGCAGACUAGGGAGGUGAAAGUCAUUUAUAUGGAAGCUGUAGUUGACAAAAUAUCAAGCCAUCAGAAAGAAGAUGAAAUCAGGAGUGGAGGUGCAGUUGAUUCAGAUGAAGACCUUGCUGGCAAGGACCGGUACAUGGGGUCAAUUGAGAGCCUGAUUCGGAAUAAUAUCCAACAGUAUAAGAUUGAGAUGGCUGAUGAAGUAAUAAAUGCUGGGCGGUUUGACCAGAGGACUACACAUGAAGAGCGACGGCUUACCUUGGAAACCCUGUUGCAUGAUGAAGAGAGAUAUCAAGAAACAGUUCAUGAUGUUCCUUCUCUUCAUGAGGUAAACCGCAUGAUUGCUAGGAGUGAAGCGGAAUUGGAGCUCUUUGAUCAAAUGGACGAAGAACUUGACUGGGUGGAUGAGAUGACUCGAUAUGAUCAGGUCCCAAAGUGGCUUCGUACUAGUACCCAAGAAGUGAAUGCUACCAUUUCUAACUCAUCAAAGAAGCCAUCAAAGAAUGCUUUAUUUGGAGGAACUAUUGGCAUGGAUUCCAGUGAGGCGGCUUCUGAGACUGAGAGAAGGAGGGGGCGCCCUAAGGGGAAAACUCCAAUUUACACUGAAUUGGAUGAAGGAAAUGAAGAAUAUUCUGAAGCUAGUUUUGAGGACAGGAAUGGAUAUUCUGUUCACGAAGAAGGAGAAAUAGGGGAGUUUGAAGAUGAUGAGUCUACUGGAGAACCUGGUGUUAAUAAACAUUCAUUGGAAGAAGAUGGUCUUGUUUCUGCUGAUGGAUGUGAAUACCAAAGAGCUCCAGAGAGCCUCAGAAAUGAUAAUAUACUUGAAGAAGCAGGUUCAUCUGGAUCUUCCUCUCACAGUCAAAGGUUAAAGCGAAUUGUAUCACCUUCACUGUCUUCUCAGAAGUUUGGCUCGCUUUCUGCUUUAGAUGGCAGGUCCACCUCCCAUUCAAAGAAAUUGGCAGACGAAUUAGAAGAAGGGGAAAUUGCUGUAUCUGGGGACUCUCAGAUGGAUCACCAGCAAUCUGGUGGUUGGAUCCAAGAUCGUGAUGAAGGUGAAGAUGAACAGGUCUUGCAGCCCAAGAUAAAACGAAAACGGAGUAUUCGGCUUCGGCCACGGCUUACUGUAGAGAGGUCAGAGGAGAAGCACAAUGACAAGUCAUCUCUUCCGCUUGGAGAUCCUUCUCAGUUGCCAUUCCAGGUGGAUGGUACAUAUGGGUCUCAAGCAAGGGAUGACCGUGCACAUAAAUUUCGUGGAGAUUCUAGCUCACUGACUACUUGUAGAAAUGUUUCAUCCGUUAAGAACAGACGAAAUUUACUGUCAAAGAAAAAUUCAAAUACAGGUGAAGAGCAUCCGCUUAAAUCUGGAAGAGUAAAUUAUGGGUCUACUCCUCCAGAUGAUGCCGCAGAACAUUCUAGAGAAACUUGGGACAGUAAAGUCAUGAAAAGGCCUAAAAGUAGUGCCAAUAAGAUGUCUGAGGUUAUCCAGAGAAAGUGCAAAAAUGUAAUCAAUAAGCUCCAGAGAAGAAUAGACAAAGAAGGUCAUCAGAUAGUGCCAAUGCUAACUGAGCUGUGGAGAAGAUGUGAAAAAUCAAGUGGUUUGGGUGGGACAGGGGACAACCUAUUGGAUUUAAGAAAGAUUGAUCUUGGUGUUGACAACUAUGAGUACAAUGGGGUUAUGGAGCUCGUGUCUGAUGUUCAGCUUAUGUUGAAGUGUAGCAUGCAAUUCUAUGGAUCCUCAUAUGAGGUGAGAUCAGAAGCAAGGAAAGUUCACGAUCUGUUCUUCGAUAUCUUGAAGAUAGCAUUCCCAGAUACUGAUUUUCAAGAAGCCAGAAAUUCCAUAUCAUUCUCCAGUUCAGUUGCCACACCAGCCUCUGGUCCAUCGUCAAGACAGAAGCUUGCUGGUCAGAGCAAGAGCCAGAAACUAGUAAAGAACAUGGAUGCUGAAAACAGUCCUUUCCAGAAGCCACAUUCUCGAGUACCCUUUCAUACCGUCGAGGACACUAAGGUAAAGAGCUAUGUUUCCCGAAAGGAGUCGAGGCUAAGCAGUGGCAAGAGCAGCCGGGAGCUAGGUCAAGCAGACAACGCACGCCUGUUUACUCAUCCUGGAGACCUUGUCACCUGUAAAAAGAAGAGGAAAGAUAGGGAAAAAUCAGCUGCAAGAUCUGGAAAUGGGUUGGGAGGUCCUGUGUCACCCACCGGCAUAGCUCGUAUUAUUACAGGCCCAGGUUCAAAGGACCAGGGAUCAAGCCAACAGAGCGCCACACAACGAGGAUGGGCUGUCCUUUCUCCUCAACAAGGGAACGACAGUGGUUCUGUUGGGUGGGCAAAUCCUGUAAAGAGAAUGAGAACUGAUGCUGGAAGGAGGCGCCCUAGCCAUAUAUGAAUUUAUGACCCCUGUAAUGGGGAAGAAAGUUUGCUGUGGAAUUGGUAGGUCACCUGAAAUCUGAUGCUUAUGUAUAUGGGCUUGCCACUAUUGGCAAGUAGUUACUGAUGUAUGCUUUGUUAGGAAAUUUCAAGAAAGAACUGAACGAGUGUACAAAGUGAGAAGGAAAAUCAAAUAUGAACAGGAGCUGAGUUGUACAGGAUUUAUAGAUGAAUUGUUCUUAUAUUUAUAGUCCUCAAAUUGUUCAUUUUUCA